GAAAGACAAGAAGAACAUGGUAGAGUCAAUGCCCGUCUAGCUUUUCCACUCGAGGCGUGGGCAUUUUGCCGUACGGGGCUUUUAUUUUGAAGGGCUAGUUUGGCGCCCCCUGUCGACGCCUCGCCCGCAAUCGCCGCGUGUCGUCCGCAGCCGCAGCAGCAUCGGCGGCGGCUAGCGGACAAGAUCAGCCGAGCCCAGCCCAGCCGAGAAGCAGCCUCCAUUUCAGCAUCUGAAGAGGAGGAGGAAAACGAAGAAGAAGCUAGAAGAAGAAGAGGAGGAGCGAGAAGAGCGGGCGGUCGGUUUAGCAGCAGGUGCAGCCGUCGGCUUUCGCAGGCCGGCCGGCGAUGGCGUCGAGGCUGCGGCACGACGACUCGGCGGACGCGGGCCGCGAGACGCUCGGAGCUGCGUGAGGAUUUCAUCACGCCACUUCCGGUGCUCAGGCGGAAAGGCCGUUGACGGCGACACGUCUCGUCACCCCCGUCGUCCGGCAUGCUGGCAAUCCUGAUGGUCGCCAUGGCCGGCGUGGGAGGCGGCCAGGCGUGCGGCGCCCGCGACAACUGCUCCGGGGACGGCGGCUCCAAGGAGUACUGCUACUCAGCGCGCAUCCGCAGCACCGUCCUGCAGGGACUUCCCUUCGGCGGCGUGCCCACCGUUCUGGCGCUGGACUUCAUGUGCUUCUUGGUUUUGCUUUUUGUCUUUUCCGUCUUACGGAAAGUGGCCUGGGACUACGGACGUCUGGCGCUGGUCACUGACGCUGACAGCCGAAGACGAGACCGAGAUAACUAUGAGCCGGUGAAAAGCGUGGCAUCGGCGAUGCACUCGGACGCGCCCGACCGCUACGAACGCCUCACAUCCGUCUCCAGCUCCGUCGACUUGGAACAACGCGACAACGGCUUCUGCUCCUGGCUGACGGCCAUCUUCCGAAUCAAGGACGAGGAGAUCCGCGAGAAGUGCGGCGAGGACGCGGUGCACUACUUGUCCUUCCAGCGUCACAUCAUCGGCCUCCUGGUGGUGGUAGGCGUCCUCUCCGUGGGCAUAGUACUGCCGGUCAACUUCUCCGGCGACCUGCUGGUAAGAAUUAUCAGUAAAGAUUUGCUGAUAAACCAAGGACUGGCCGGACCACCCUCCAAAGAAGAAAACAACGCCUACAGCUUUGGCCGCACGACGAUAGCCAACCUGAAGUCUGGGACCAACUUGUUGUGGCUGCACACCUCCUUCGCCUUCAUGUACCUGUUGCUCACCGUCUAUAGCAUGAGGCGACACACGUCCAAGAUGCACUACAAGGAGGAUGACCUGGUGAAACGCACUUUAUUCAUCAACGGCAUCUCCAAGUAUGCCGAAGAGAGUCAGAUCAAACAGCACUUUGAGCAAGCGUACGAGAACUGCACGGUUCUAGAAGCUCGGAUCUGUUACAACGUGGCCAAGCUAAUGUCUCUGAACGCCGAGAGGAAGAAGACCGAGCGAAGCAAGAAAUUCUUCACCGACUUGAUGGCCAAGGAGCAUGUUCCCACCAUGAUCAACCCCAAACCCUGCGGACACCUCUGCUGCUGCGCCAUCGCCGGAUGCGAGGAGGAGGAGGCAGUCAGCUUCUACACCAAGAGGGAGGCCAAGCUGAAGGAGGAGUACCGCAAGGAGAAGGAAAAGGUCCACACCAAACCUCUGGGCAUGGCUUUCGUCACCUUCCAGAACGAGGCAAUGACAGCCAUAAUCCUGAAGGACUUUAACGCGUGCCAGGUUCAAGGUUGUCGCUGCCGGCAAGAACCGCAAUCCUCGCAGUUCAGUGAAGCGCUCCACGUGCACAACUGGAGCGUCUCUUACGCUCCGGACCCGCAGAACGUGCGCUGGGAGCACCUGUCACUGGGCGGAGUCUCCUGGUGGAUCCGUUGCCUGAUCAUCAACUGCAUUCUGUUCCUGCUGCUCUUCUUCCUGACCACCCCUGCCAUCAUCAUCUCCACCAUGGACAAGUUCAACGUGACCAAACCUGUGGAGUACCUCAACAACCCCAUCGUGACCCAGUUCUUUCCCACACUCCUCCUGUGGGCCUUCUCUGCCCUGCUGCCGACCAUCGUCUAUUACUCGGCAUUCUUUGAGGCGCACUGGACAAGGUCCGGAGAGAAUCGCACGACGAUGCACAAGUGCUACACUUUCCUGAUCUUCAUGGUUCUUCUGCUGCCUUCUCUUGGCCUGAGCAGUCUGGACGUUUUCUUCCGUUGGCUCUUCGACAAAAAGUUCUUGGCCGACGGGACGGUCCGCUUUGAAUGCGUGUUCCUGCCCGACAACGGCGCGUUCUUCGUCAACUACGUGAUCGCCUCAGCCUUCAUCGGGAACGCCAUGGACCUGCUUCGGAUCCCGGGCCUCCUUAUGUACAUGAUACGACUUUGCCUGGCGCCGUCGGCAGCUGACAGGCGCAACGUUAAGAGGCAUCAAGCGUAUGAGUUCCAGUUCGGGGCGGCCUACGCGUGGAUCAUGAACGUCUUCACCGUGGUCAUGGCCUACAGCAUCACCUGCCCGAUCAUCGUGCCGUUCGGUCUGAUGUACAUGCUGCUGAAGCACCUGGUGGACCGCUACAACAUGUACUACGCCUACCUGCCGUCCAAGCUGGACAAGAAGAUCCACUCUGGUGCCGUCACCCAGGUGGUGGCGGCGCCCAUCCUUUGCCUUUUCUGGCUGCUGUUCUUCUCCACCGUGCGAACGGGAUUUGAGACACCCACGUCCAUGUUCACGCUGGUGGUCCUGGUAGUGACCAUCGUGGUGUGCCUGUCGCACGUCUGCUUCGGACACUUCAAGUACCUCAGCGCUCACAACUACAAGAUCGACACCAAGGACUCGGACGCCGAAGUCGUGGAGAACGGACGGCCGCCCCGCAACGCCGCAUCCCCGCCGGCCAAAUCACAGCAAAUGUACAUUGCCCAAGUGCUCCAGGACCCCAACUCGGACGAACCGGGCGGCGGGGGCGAGGAGGACCGGGCCUCGUCCCAAGACGACGACGUGCUCAACGGCGGCGACAACAUCAACGAGGCGGAUUUCCACUCGGGGGAGGACAGUCUGAUCGCAAACGAGGUCCGCCAGUAACCAGGGGUGGAGCUCCGCGGAAGGGGCGGAGACACUCGGCGGUCCUGGCCACCACGCGAUGCUAGCUAGCGAGCUUGCUAGCUAGCACUCGCGAGGCUCCUCCCCUUCCCAGCCUGAAGACUUGACCCUGACCGUGGACGCCGGAGACCCGUCGUCGAACCGGAAGCGCUUCGGACGGAACGAGCCGUCGGACGUCCCGCCCGACCGACAAAGGCCGACCGGUCGUGACUCGCGGUUCGCCGAAACCUGUCCGAGCUCGGCGCGGAACUCGCGCGAGUUAUGACCGGACCCUGCGUUGACUAUGUUUUCACACACGUGAGCGAACUUGGACAAGAUUUUUUUCUAACCUUCCGCGAGCUUUGGCGAAGACGGCUUAGCUUAGCACGGAGACUAGCUUAGCGUUUCCGAGAGACUGCCGGCAGACGAAGUGACUCGGAAGAGCUAGCAUAAAGCUAGCACGAGGCUUCAGGAGACGUCCCUACACUCAACAUUUGUGUUUUUAAUCCGGCCUACGCUAAGCUAGGCUAACCGCGCCGUCCUUGACCGCAGUGAUGUUUAUUUAUGUAUUUAUUUUUGGGGCGUAAAGUUCAACAGAAGAGGAAAAAACGCUUUGGUCUCUGACGCUGAAACGGACACUGGAUUCACGGUAGAAAAAAAAGGAAUUGACAGAGACAUCUCAGGUGUGUUUGACUUCCAUAAUGAUGUUUACACUGCGUUUUUAUUUUAUUAUUUGCGUGCGUGGCUGUGUAAAAGCAGGAAAAAGCUAUGAAAGCUGUGGUGCCCAACUGACGACAAAGACGUCAGGAUGUUUUUGGAGUCGGCCAUAUGCUGGAGACAUUGACUGCUCUAUGUUGCGUACUUGACCUCCUUCUCCGGGACGGAGGACAUCUUCGAACGACCGGCUCGGCACAAAAGCAUUUGGACAAAAUAAAAGAUGUGGCACCAGAUGGCUCCAAACGAGGGGCAAAUACGUAUUUGACCAACAUCGGGAAACUUUGCGCGAACCCGCAUAUGGGGCGCCGUUUGUAAAGCAGGUCAUGCUGAAAAUUACGACAACAUUUUCUCACAUUUAGCGCCACACAGUGUUUAAAAUGUGUAAAACUUUUAGCGUCACUUUUUUUUUUUUUUGCACAUUUACAACAUUAUUUAGCAACUUCAAUAUUUAUUUUUAAAUAAUAAGUAUUGGACCUUAACGUUUAAAUCCAGAACUAAAUAUUUAAAUCUUAAAUGUAAAUGUUAAAUGUAUAUCUUAAAUCCAAAUGUUGAAUAUAUACCUUAAAUCUCAAUGUUAAAUGUAUAUCUUAAAUUCAAAUGUUACAUAUAUAUCUUAAAUGUAAAUGUUAAAUUUAAAUCCUAAAUAUAUAUUUAAAUACCAGAUUUAAAUUUAAAUCUGGAAACGGUUGAUAUUAAAUAUUUAGCUUAAUAUGCAAAUUCACAUGACUGGAGACCGGAAGUAACUAAAUAAAAGCUGGAGCAGCUCAGACUGUUUGCUUAGUCCAGUCCAACAGAGACCCCUUGUGGCUAUUCAUAGUAACUUUACUAGGCUCAUGUAAGCAAAAUUGACACGAAAAACACAAAAUACUGUUGAAAUAGUUUCUCAUAAAUGUGUAUUUUACCGAAUAUUUUUAUUAUCACAAUCAUUCAUGUCCAAUAGCCGACUGCUACCGUUAAGUAGGUUUUAUUCAUUUUCAAGCAACAUAAGCAAACAGUCUGAGCUGCUCCAGCUUUUAUUUUGUUACUUCCGGUUUCCAGUCAUGUGAAUUUGCAUAUUAAGUAGUGUUGUCAAAUGAUUACAAUUUUUAAUCGAGGUAAUUACAGUUUAAAAAUUAAUUAAUAGUAAUUAAUCGCAAUUCAAACUAUCUAUAAAAUAUGCCAUAUUUUUCUGUAAAUUAUUGUUGGAAUGGAAAGAUAAGUCACGAGACGGAUAUAUACAUUCAACAUACGGUCCAUAAAUACUGUAUUUGUUUAUUAUAACAAUAAAUCAACAAGAUGGCAUUAACAUUAUUAACAUUCUCUUAAAGCGAUCCAUGGUUAGAAAGACUUGUAGUUCUUAAAAGAUAAAUGUUAGUACAAGUUAUAGGAAUUUUAUAUUAAAACCCCUGUUAAUGUUUUCGUUUUAUUAAAAUUUGUAAAAUUUUCAAUCAAAAAAUAAACUAGUAGCUCGCCAUUGUUGAUGUCAAUAAUUACACCAUGCUCACUCAUUGUGCUGAAACCCAUUAACUCAUUUGGACCCAAGCGCCAGCAGAGGGCGCCAAACACCAAAAAAAAAAAAAAGUAACAAGCGGACAUUACACUGCUGUCAUUUUAAUCUGUUUCAGCGGGGCAUGUGCGUUAAUUGCGUCAAAUAUUUUAACUAGGGCUGUCAAAAUUAUCGCGUUAACGGGCGUUCAUUUUUUUAAUUGAUCACGUUAAAAUAUUUGAAGCAAUUAACGCAGAUGCCCCGCUCAGACAGAUUUAAAUGACGGUAUAGGGAAACGCUCACUUGUUAAUUGUGUUUUAUGGAGUUUUGCCGCCCUCUGCUGGCGCUUGGGUGCGACUGAUUUUAUAGGCUUCAGCACCCAUGAGCAUUGUGUAAGUAAGUAUUGACAUCAACAAUGGCGGGUUACUAGUUUAUUUUUUUAUUUAAAAUUUUACAAAUUUUAUUAAAACGAAAACAUUAAGAAGGGUUUUAAUAUGAAAUUUCUAUAACUUGUACAAACAUUUUUCUUUUAAGAACUACAAGUCUUUCUAUCCAUGGAUCGCUUUAACAGUGAAUGCCAUCUUGUUGAUUUAUUGUUAUAAUAAACAAAUACAGUCCUUAUGUACCGUAUGU